AUGGACCUGCGUCGGUCAGUGGCGCUGAACAGGCCUCAAACGCGUGAAGUGAUGCGCCAAUCUAGGGCCGAACCAGAAUGGAGAAACUGGCCGUGUGUCAAAGCAACGCUUCCUAACUUGCCUCUCGGCACGACAACCUACGAUAUACACAAGAAUCUACAACGUUUUGGAAAGUUGGAAUAUAUCCGCAUCGAGGAGACCCGACAAGGUAACUUUGCCAGAUAUGCCAAUGUCAUGUUCAAACCCCCGCCUCCGGGGAGAGCUCCAUGGGACCCAGUCUACAGAUAUGGCAUCGACUUUCCUCUUGGAGACAAAGAUGGGAAAAAAGCGCACAAAGUCAGGGUUUUAUUGUCCAACAGCCAACCCACGGCUCAAUUCAUUGAAAGUCGUGCAUGCUCCGGCCUCAGGUAUCCAUCCGAAAUGAUUUUGUUGGGGAACUCGAUCGACUUUGGCUAUUUAGAGAAUCCGACCUUGAUGGUUGUCAAAGCGAGCAAGUCCGAUGCCCGUGGUUCCAGUAUCAGACUGGUUCUUAAUCUCAGACGACUUGAAUUGGAAGUUCACUUCCCGGUGACGAUCAAAUCCAAGGGCAAGACAGCCGAAAGAGCUUACCGAUUCUUCGUCGCUCUCGACGAUCAGUUCUCUCUUUCCGUCAUCCAGUCCUCCGUGGUGAUCCAUGCCAAGCAUCCGCCUUGCUAUUCCAGACAAUUGAAGGAAGCUAUGCAACUAAGCCACGAUCCGAAGUCAUUCAAGUGGUCAGCGGACGAUACAUUGUCUCGGCAAACCGACAUUGUUGACGAAAAGGAAACCUACCACAAGAUCGACAGCAGUCCUGUGUCAGUGCAAAAACUCUACAACAGCAUUGACCUUGCACAUUGGACAACCUUCCGGGUCACCCUCAAGCCAAGCACUGAUCGCCCCGACAGUUCUCUCAGUCUGUUUCUGAAGGCUCUUGCAGAUUUCAAUAUUCGUAUUGCCCAAGGUCCAUCCUUCAAAGUCGUGAGGGGCUCGAGUGAUGGGGCGCCUUUUUGGCGUAUGUUGGGCGACACUUCUUCACUCCAGUCCCUGUCGGACCAGCUCUCCUGUCCUUACCUUGAUUUCGAUUUGAGAUAUCAGCUUGAAGUUUGUAUCUCCAAAGGCUGGCUCAAUGAAUAUAGUUUGGACAAAAACUUUCUGCAGCACCUUACCGGAAUGCGCCCCGAGCGUGCGAAGCAGAUGCUGGUCCAUGUGGAUUCAUACCAGCGAAGAGUUUACGAUCCCAUGUCUAUCUUUACCGACCUGCGUUACUCAAAGCCUGUACGUGCUCGUGCACUGCCAUCGAAUUGCGCCGAAAUAUAUCAUGCUACUGUUACUGCAACUCGAAUCCUCUUUCACACUCCAUCCGUCGAGAUCACCAACCGUAUUGUGCGCAAAUACAGGCGCUUCAGCGAUCGAUUUCUUCGAGUGCGCUUCGAAGAUGAGCCACAUAGGGGCCAAACAAGGCUCUACCCCGCAACAAAUGGCAAGAUGAAGCUCAUUUUCGAGAGAGUUCGUCGUACGCUCAAGAAUGGUAUUGUUCUUGGUGAUCGACAUUACGAGUUCCUGGCGUGGGGUAACUCACAGCUUCGAGAACACGGAGCAUACUUCUUCGCAUCCUCGCAAAAUCCUGUCAUCACCGCCGACAGCAUUCGCAGGGACAUGGGCACCUUUGAUCAUGAAAAGGUUGUCGCAAAGCGAGCCGCACGAAUGGGUCAAUGCUUUUCUACAACAAAACCAGUUCCGGUGCUCAGCAGAAACAGCUGGAAAAGAGACCCGAUUCCUGACAUAAUUAACGGUCCGUACACUUUCACUGAUGGAGUGGGUAAGAUCUCUCUGCUCGCUGCUCAACUUGUCAAAUCAAACCUCAACCUUGGGGGGGAGCACCUGCCUUCCGCGUUCCAAUUUCGCUUGGGCGGCUGCAAAGGAGUCCUCGCUGUGGAUCCCAAGCUCAAUGGCGUUGACAUCAAGAUCCGGCCGAGUCAAUACAAAUUCAGCUGUGACUCAGACGAGUUGGAAAUCAUCCGCGUCGCAGAAUUCUGGCAGCCAUUCCUCAACCGUCAACUCAUUUUGGUGCUCUCGGCGCUCGGCGUUCCCGACAAGGUAUUCUUGCACAAACAAUCAGACUGCAUCAAAGCAUUAGAUGCCGCUCUCGUGAAUGACGCAGCUGCUUUACGGGCAUUGCGUGCGACUGUGGAUCCCAAUUCAACCACGCUCAGCAUUGCUGCCUUAAUAGAGGCUGGAUUUUCCCACAUCCAUGAACCUUUUGUGACGUCUCUUCUCCGGCUUUGGAGGGCCUGGACGUUGAAAUACCUCAAAGAGAAAGCAAAGAUACCGAUCACUCAAGGUGCGUUCGUGCUCGGCGUCGUUGACGAAACGAAAACACUUAAGGGUCACAUCAGCAAGACAGGGCCUGGGCUCGACGCAAGCCGACAAGAGAUGGAGAAAUCCCUACCAGAGGUCUUCAUCCAAUACACAGACCCAGAACAAAAGGGAGUUCGCCGUAUUGUCGAAGGAAUUUGUGUCAUUGCGAGGAAUCCGUCUUUGCACCGAGGCGACGUACGAGUUGUCAAAGCCGUUAAUGUGCCUGAGUUACACCACCACUGCGAUGUCGUGGUUAUGCCAGCGACAGGCGAUCGUGACUUACCCAGUAUGUGCUCGGGAGGGGAUCUCGAUGGAGAUGACUAUAUCGUAACCUGGGACCCAGACUUGAUACCUUCCGAAUGGAAUGCUGAACCAUUUCAUUAUAACGCCCCGAAGCCAAUCCAAAAAGAGGAAAUAUCUGUCGGCGAUAUUAUCAAUUUCUUCUACGAUUACAUGCAAAAUGAUUUCCUUGGAAGGAUCGCUAAUGCUCAUCUCGCAGCCGCUGACUACCUCCAUGACGGCCUCAACAGCGAACAAUGCCUGAAGCUGGUCGAAUUACAUUCAAUGGCUGUCGAUUACCCCAAGACCGGCGUCCCCGCUGAGAUGAGUCGAGAUCUUGAGCGAAACAAUUGGCCUCACUUUAUGGAAAAGAAACGAGCAGGCCAGUAUCAUUCUAAGAAAAUUCUCGGUCAACUGUACGACGCGGUUGAGAGAACAAAAUUUAAGCCGCACUGGUCAGGGACAUUUGAUCGACGAAUCCUUAUACAUGCCCCAGCAGAUGAGAUCAUCGAAACUGUCAGCAAUCUGAAAAAGAGUUAUGAUGAGAGCAUGCGGCGCAUCAUGGCUCAGCACCAAAUUAGCUCUGAAUUCGAGGUUUGGUCUACAUUUGUACUCCACCACAGCAAAGUCUCUAGAGAUUUCAAGUUUCACGAAGAGAUUGGGCAGCACGCCAAAACUUUAAAGGAGCAAUACUACGAAGCAUUCUGCCAAGAGGCUGGUGGAUGUGACAUUGAGAAGCUCAAGCCAUUCGCAAUAGCAGCUUAUCAUGUCACUCAUGACGAACUUCGAGAGGCACUCGCACAGCAACAAAAUGAUCGGGAGGAGGCGUCAGAGGUUGUUGAGUCCAACGGAUCUGGUUCCGCUGUCAUAAAUAUGCCCUUCAUAUCAUUUCCCUGGGUCCUUCAGGAUGUCCUGGUAAAGAUUGCGAGAAACACAAUCCUACACGACGAGGUCGAAAAAGUGCAGAUAGCUGAACAACAAUCGGUGGCUGGUGACGAGGUCGUACAGGUGAAGGGUCAGGACCUCAUUGAGGAAUUUGGUCGCAAAUGGACUUAUCAUGGAGACCACUUGCCUGAUCCAUACGUGCCAGUUGCUGGAAGCGCGGAUAUUGCUCAAUCAGAAAUAAAUGUCGCGGCACAGACCAAACUUUCAACGGCAACAGGGAUGCAACCACCACCGCCCAAACACGACACAUCAGGAGAGCUUCCACCGAUCAUAGCACAAGCUAUUGACCUAUGCGGAAACAAAGAAGAUCAAGCUGCAUCGGAUAUCAGCUCGAUGGUUUCUUCCAACGUCCCCUCUGUGGUUCUAAGCAAUAUGAGUGCCUCUACCAGCUCAGAUGAUAUCGAACCACCACCUUCAUCUGUGGACGUGUCAUCUGAGAAUCCAGUGUCCUUUUCUCAGAUCUCAGGCUCCCAAGGACUGCGGACCCCACUGAGGUCGACCUUGAACAAUGCACCUCCGCUCACGGUCCACGAAAAGCUGCCGCUCAAAGACCCAGUAUUGAUGACAGAGGAAGAGUUUUAUGACUUUGAGGCCGACAGUGGUGAGGAUGACUACACUUUCUGA